ACCAUCGAAGAUGUCGCUGUGGCUGGCGACGCUGAGGACGACCGGGGUCCGGCUCCCGGGCGCGAGAUGCACAGCAGGUCGCUUGCCGACUGCAAUGCAGGAGGCCAUGGGGGCGGGGAUGAGGUCCGUCCUGCUGAGGCGGGGAGUGAAGCAGAACGCAGUCAGGAACACCCCCAUCGUCAUCUACCGAGGCCCACAACCAAUGAAGUCAUGGAUCUAUUACACGAUCGGAGCAUCAUUUCUUGUGGUGGGCGCCGAGCUUGCCUACGACUUUUACUAUCAUCUUACCUGGCCCAUCUUUUCACAAGAUCCGAGAAACCCACCUCAACUGGUCGGCGAGGGGAAAAGAGGCAUCGCCGCCGGUCUUGCAGGCUCUGCUGGAAUCCUGACUGCUCUUUUAUUCUUCAGUGUUCCCGCGAGAGCCGUGACGAAGCUUUCGCUCGACGUUGCAAAGCGACAACUAACGAUUCGGACGGCAUCUAGAGGCCUUUCGGCACUUAUUCCCAGGGCAAUCUACCCAAGCCCCCUUCGCAAAACGGCAGAGCUUCGAGGGUUCUAUCAGACGAGACGCAACAACGAGCGCGUGGUUCCCCUCUCGCUCGUGUACCGACUUCGGGGGAGCGCAACGGCAGCGAGCCUGGGCAAGAACAAGGUUGUCAGGACGGAUCGAGGGGAUGUCCAUGUUGGAAUACCGCACCGUCGGGAUAUCAUCUUCAAGGUUGGCGACGAAAAGCUCUGGUACGUUCUCGAGAGCGCUGGGGGCGCCAAACCCCACAGCCGAGGCUACAAAGGCUUCUGGAGAAAGUUUAGCCACAGUCUUCGCGGGAAGACGAAUUGGGAGGGCAUGCCUCUUGAAAAGCGGUCCGAGCAGCUUUCCUCGUCAUCGCAUCACUCUAAGGCUGAGUCGAGAAUUCUCGGCGAAAAGGAGCCAUGGUUCCUGGACAGGCGCGCUUUUGAUGACAUCCUACCUUUUGUCGUACGUCGUUGAACCAUCAUGUAACACUACCAACAUCAGAACCAGCAAGCUCAAAAGACGAAAGACGAAGCAGAAGUGACCAUGUGAAGAUGCCCAUCUGACCAGUACCGGUCCGAUACUUUAAAAUAGGGUCUGUGGAAAUUUGUAUUCAUCCCAAUUUUGAA